AGGCCUCCGGCAGUACAGGGCUCCCAGCACCAAAGCCACUCUCCAGCAUGUAUGAACCCAGCCUUGAUGAGCUCCCCCUGGUACCGGUAUCAGGAUGAUGAUUCCCCUCCUCCAGAACACGGCUUCCCGCGGCUCACCAAUGAAGUUCGAGCGCCGGAGCUGGUGCACGUAUCAGAGAAGAACCUCUCAGAAAUUGAGAAUGUGCAUGGCUACGUUUCCCACUCUCACAUUUCACCACUUAAGCCUGCGCUGGUUACCCGGUUUGAUCUAACAUACCCGGGGGUGACCGCGGCAAACUACCUGGCAAGUCCUGCCCCAAUUAUUGUCAACACGGACACUUUGGAAUCUGUACCAUACGUAAAUGGGACAGAANNNUCUCUCUCUCUCUCUCUCUCACACCUGGCUUGCGAGCGUGAUCUUGAAACAUCACCAUCACACAUGACCAGUCAGGGAACAAGCUUGGGUAACUCAGGGUUGGGGUUUAGUAUAGCCGGUGGUACAGAUAACCCUCACAUCGGCGAUGAUCCUGGGAUCUUCAUCACAAAGAUCAUCCCUGGAGGAGCGGCAGCUGAAGAUGGCAGACUCAGUCUGGACUUCAGUGAUCGAAAUUAA